AUGAAUUAUUUAGUUUCUUUAAUACAAUUAAUAAUUAAAAUGAAAUGUUUUAAUUUUGAAAAUCAAGAAAGAAAACUUUCAGAAAUGACUAAUAUAUUAAACAACUCAAUUAAUAUAGUUAUGGCGAAUUAUGAUAUCUUCAACAUUAAUAUUUUUAGAUUAAUUUCAAUUAUUGAAGAAACUAUAGUCAAUCGUCAUAUAGAAACUAAUUUAAAUUUACAUUUAGAAAAAGAAGCAGUGAUUUGUUCUAAUGUUGUAAAUUUAAUAAUGGGUAAUAAAAAAGGAAGUAUAAAAGGUAAUGUAUUUGAAAAGGAAAUAUCAGAUUUGCAUUCGAAAGUUGAUCAAGUAGCUUUCUAUAUGUAUUCAAAUAUUAUAUUUGAUUUCUUCAGCACUUAUGUGUUAAGAAAAAUUUUAUUUAAUAUGUAUUGUUUAAAAAUUUUUCAAUGUUACUCUCUAUUAGAUCCAAUUAGAAGGAAUUUAUUAAAAUGUAAAUUUGAUUACCACUUAAAUUGUUUAUCCUUGUUAAAUUAUAAUGUUUAUAACAGUUUAAAUAAUAUUAAUAUGUUAAUGAUUAGUGAAUUUGAAAAAUGCAAAGAGAUGAUUAGAUUUGUUAUGAUUUUUUGUGUUAAAAUAAUUGAAUAUAUUGAUUUAAAUGCAAAACACUGCCUUGAGAAAUACAAAGAUACAUUAAUUAUAAAUGAAAAAUUUAAAAAAAUAAAAGAAUUGAUUGAUGAAGAAAGAGAAUUUUUAAAAGAUUUUAAUUAA